GUCACACGAUAGCACGAGCACUAUUAGUAUUGACUUACACUGCUUAGUAAGUUUCAGCCGGCAUGUGAUCACAAAAUGACUUUUAAAUUUUAUUUCUUCUGCAUUUCCCUGCUCUUUGCUGCUUUUCCGACAUCAGUAAUUUCAGAUUGUUAUAACGUUGAAAUUGGGCUCACCAACAAAGCACGAUUCGGCGAUGCGCUGAUCACUACCACAUCCUAUCUUGACAAUGAUCACCUACCUGUUCAAUCUCGCCUGGACAGCGGCAGUUGCUGGAAACCAAAUACAACUAGCUUGGCAACUGACUACCUUCAAAUCGAUUUGGGUUCGUUGUACAGACUUUGUGGCGUGGUGACAAGAGGUAGUCCAAAGGGUGGUGUUUCAGAAUGGACAACAAAGUACAAGCUACAUUAUUCAUUAGAUAACGUUGUAUGGACUGUUUAUAAAGAGAAUGGUGUCACUAUGGAAUUCACUGGUAACACUAAUGGCAACUCGGACGCGAAGAACAAACUCGUGGUCUCGCCAAAAGCCAGAUUUGUCAGAAUUCAGCCAACGGGGUAUCAAGGCUUUAAAUGCCUGCGUGUGGAGCUAUAUGGAAAACAACAAGCCUGCAAAGAAUCUUUGGGUAUUUUCAAUAGAGGUGUAGAUGAUUUAGCGAUGACAGCAUCGAGUAACCAAAAUACCGCUUCACGUGGCCGUCUGUACAACGCCAAGGCUUGGUGCAGCUCAGUAACAUCAAAUACACAAUACCUWCAAGUAGAUCURAGUCAAAUAAAAACUAUCAACGGUAUAGCAACACAGGGAGACCCAACAAGCAGUGCCUGGUUAACUAGCUUUACAAUACAAUAUAGUGUAAAUGGAAAGAAUUGGAAAGAUUUUACUGAUGGAAUGUCUACCAUAAAGAACUUUACUGGUAACCUAGACAGCAACAAUGUUCGCGUUCAUUGGUUUAACAAAGCCAUGGCAGCUCAAUAUGUACGAGUUUAUGCACAAACAUGGAAAACUGGUAUCUGUCUAAGAAUGGAACUCUAUGGCUGCUGGGCCAGCUGCGAUGAUUCACCUCUUGGAAUGGCAACUGGAUUCAUCAAAGACUCUCAGCUAAACGCUUCCUCUUAUUACAACACCAGUUACAUGCCACAGAAUGCAAGACCUCAACAGCCUGGAUCGUGGUGUGCGUCGACCGACGACAUUUCUCCAUUCUUACAGAUUGAUCUCGGUGUUUUGUAUGUUAUUUGUGCUGUGGCAUUACAAGGGAACAACUUAGAUGAUCAAUGGACAAAGACAUUCAGAAUUCAGGGCUCGACAGACGGAAAACAAUUCACAAGCUAUCAGGAAAAUGGAAAAACUAAAAUCUUUGCAGGGAAUACUGAUAGAAACAGCAUCACAAAGCAUUUUAUCCGUGAUUCGUUUGUUGUACGAUAUUUAAGACUUUUACCUAAAGAGUACCGUGGAAUUGCUUGUAUGAGAGCAGAGAUAUAUGGAACGAAGCAAACAGCUUGCGAGGAUUCAUCGAUUGGAGUUCGUGCAUUAGGCGGAGUACCGGAUCAUAGAUUUGGAGGAUCGACUGUUUAUCCACACGAGCAUCUCGCGUUUUCCUUUGCUCGUUUGUACAAUCAAUACGCAUGGGCUCCGCAGACAGCCACUGACCCUAACGAUUAUUUGCAAGUAGAUCUUGGGGAUGUAUAUGUUUUAUGUGCAAUCGCAACUCAGGGAGCCACUGCGCUUGAUGUAUGGUGUAAAUCGUACAAAUUGUCUUUAUCAAUGGAUGGUUCGUCGUGGGACAUGUAUAAAGAAAACAACAAAGUCAAGAUAUUCACUGGUAAUGUAGACAAGGAAACUGUAGUCAAGCAAAAGAUAGCAGCGUGUCCAACAGCGAAGAUUGUCAGGAUUUAUCCUGUUGCUUACAAAGGGUGGAAACAGUUAAGGGUGGAAUUCUUUGGAGUGCGACAGGAGUGCAGUAAAUCCCUUGGUCUGGAGCGAUAUAUGAGCAUAGAUCCUAUUAACCAGCUAUCCUCCUCAUCCCAGUCUGACUCAAGUCAUUCAGCGUCUAGUGGUCGCUUGUAUGGCUUGUCAUCAUGGUGCGCAGUGACUACUGUCAACCAGUUCUUCCAGGUUGAUUUCAAGCUAUCAGUCACUGUAACUGGAAUAACAACCCAAGGACAAUCGUCUAAAUGGGUCACAAGUUACGAUCUAGGAUUUGGGUACACAACAAAAAAAUGGCUGAAGUUACAGGGAUUUCAAGGUAACACUGAUGACAACAAGCCAGUAACUCACUGGCUACCAAAACCUAUUGGUACUCGUUAUGUACGUCUUUUACCCAAAACUUGGAGCACCUCCAUAUGCGUAAGAGUUGACUUCCACGGCUGUAAGCAAGUCGCCGCACCUUACAUCACUUCCAUAUCAGCAAGCAGCAACCUUACUGCUGGAAUUAAUUCAUCUAUCAACGUCACGUGCUCAGUAUAUGCUCUUCAAUACGUCACCAUCACCUGGCAACUAAAUAACACAGAUAUGACGUCAUUAUCAAGUUUUUACUCAAAUGAUGGAUUCUUAACAUCGGUUUUAAAGGUUCGCUUCCCAGUCGGAAGUGAAUUUCCAUUGAAGUGCAUCCGAGUGGACUUUACAUCACGUGCAGCAUCUUGCUCGUUAACAGUUACAUGUGAAGCUUAUUACCGGAGCAACAUAAGUUGGCCGUCUUCAAAAGACCAUGUCCUAUUCACCGAAAUGGAUGUUCCGGAUGCUCCAAUGAAUCUUACCGCAACAAAGAUAUUUGCACAUGAAGCGAAAUUGACCUGGAACCAGUCUUCUCCCACUAUUAGAGAAAGGCCAGUUAUUUAUUACGAUUUGCAUUGUAUUUGGAAAGACGGGAAGAGCAAUCUUAAGCUGAGUGGUAAUCUUCGUAGUUAUGAUCUUGACGGCCUAUUCCCUAAUACUUCUUAUACUAUUAUCUUGAGAGCUGUUAGUCAGGUUGGCAAAGGUUUUUGGUCAUCGGUACAGGUCGCUACUAAAGCUACAGAUUGCUAUAACAUCGGUGUUGGACUCACUAAUAAAGCACGAUUCGGUGAUAUGCUGUUCACCGCCACAUCAUAUCUUGACAAUGAUCACCGACCUGCUAAAUCUCGCCUGGACAGCGGCAGUUGCUGGAAACCACAUACAACUAGCUUGGCAAGUGACUACCUUCAAAUCGAUUUGGGUUCGUUGUACAGACUUUGUGGAGUGGUGACGAGAGGUAGUCCAAAGGGUGGUGUUUCAGAAUGGACAACAAAGUUCAAGCUGCAUUAUUCAUUAGAUAACGUAUUAUGGACUGUUUAUAAAGAAAAUGGAACCGCUAAGGACUUUAGUGGUAACUUCAAUGCCAAUUCAGAUGUAAAAAACUUAGUUAUACCCUCACCAAAAGCCAGAUUUAUCAGAAUUCAACCAACUGGAUAUCAAGGGUUUAAAUGUCUACGUGUUGAAUUCUAUGGAGCUCAACAAGAAUGUCAGGAGCCUCUGGGCAUUUUCAACAGAGGUGUAGAUGAUUUAUCGAUGACAGCAUCGAGUAACCAAAAUACGGCUUCACGUGGCCGUCUGUACAACGCCAAGGCUUGGUGCAGCUCAGUAACAUCAAAUACACAAUACCUUCAAGUAGAUCUGAGUCAAAUAAAAACUAUCAACGGUAUAGCAACACAGGGAGACUCAACAAGCAGUGCCUGGCUAACUAGCUUUACAAUACAAUAUAGUGUAGAUGGAAAGAAUUGGAAAGAUUUUACUGAUGGAAUGUCUACCAUAAAGAGCUUCAACGGUAACCUAGACAACAACAGUGUCCGCGUUCACUGGUUCAAUGAAGAAAUGAAAGCUCAACAUGUGCGAGUUAUUGGACAAACAUGGAACAAUGGUAUCUGCUUAAGAAUAGAACUUUAUGGCUGUUGGCCUAGCUGUGACGAUUCUCCUCUUGGAAUGACUACUGGAAUUAUAAAGGAUUCUCAACUAAGCGCCUCCUCGCAUUACAACAUAAGCUACAUGCCACAAUAUGGCAGACUUCAGCAGUCUGGGUCGUGGUGUGCGUCGACCGACGACACUUCUCCAUUCUUACAGAUUGAUCUCGGUGUUUUGUAUGUUAUUUGUGCUGUGGCAAUACAAGGAAACAGCCUAGAUGAUCAAUGGACUAGGAAAUUCACCCUUCAGGGAUCGAGAGACGGAAAGCUGCUCACAAGUUAUAUGGAAAAUGGAAAUGUGAAAAUUUUUGCAGGAAAUACCAAUAGAAACAGCAUCACAAAGCACCUACUUCGUGAAUCGUUUGUUCUGCGAUAUUUAAGAUUUCUAUCAAAAGACUACCAUAAUACCGCAUGUAUAAGAUCAGAAGUAUAUGGAACAAAGCAAACAGCUUGCGAGGAAUCAGCGAUUGGAGUUCGUGCAUUAGGCGGAGUACCGGAUCAUAGAUUUGGAGGAUCGACUGUUUAUCCACACGAGCAUCUCGCGUUUUCCUUUGCUCGUUUGUACAAUCAAUACGCAUGGGCUCCGCAGACAGCCACUGACCCUAACGAUUAUUUGCAAGUAGAUCUUGGGGAUGUAUAUGUUUUAUGUGCUAUCGCAACUCAGGGAGCCACGGGGGCUAAUGCAUGGUGUAAAUCGUACAAAUUAAGUUUAUCAACGGAUGGUUCGUCGUGGAACAUGUAUAAAGAAAACAACAUAGUCAAGAUAUUUAUUGGCAAUACGGACAAGGGAACAGUGGUCAAACGAAAAAUAUCCGGUUGCCCGACUGCAAAAUUUGCCCGGAUUUAUCCUGUCGACUAUGAACGGUGGAAACAGCUAAGGGUUGAAUUCUUUGGUUUAAGACAAGAAUGCAGGUCGUCCCUUGGACUGGAGCGAUAUAAGAUUAUUGAUCCUAUUAACCAGCUUUCCUCCUCAUCCCAGUCUGACUCAAGUCAUUCAGCGUCUAGUGGUCGCUUGUAUGGCUUGUCAUCAUGGUGCGCAGCGACUACUGUCAACCAGUUCUUACAGGUUGAUUUCAAGUUACCAGUCACUGUGACUGGAAUAACAACCCAAGGACAAUCGUCUAAAUGGGUCACAAAUUACGAUAUAGGAUUUGGCUUUACAACAAAAAAAUGGCUGAAGAUACAGGGGUUCCAAGGUAACAAAAAUGGCGAUACACCAGUGAGUCAUUGGCUACAAACUCCUGUUGGUGCCCGAUAUGUACGUGUACUACCCAACUUAUGGAAUUCUGGGGUUUGCUUAAGGAUUGACGUGUAUGGUUGCAAACAAGUAGUCGCACCUUACAUCUUUUCAAUAACUUCAAAUGGAAACCUCACUGCUGCGACUGGUGCAUCUGUCAAUGUCACAUGCUCAGUGUUUGCUCUUUCACACGUAACUAUCACAUGGCAGCAAAACAAGACAGAUAUGACGUCAUCCUCAAGCUCUUCCUGCAAUAAUGGAUUCGCAACAUCGGUUUUAAAGGUUCGAUUCCCAGUUGGAAAUGUUUUUCCAUGGAAGUGUAUCCAAAUUGAUCCUAUGUCACGUGCAGCAUCUUGCUGGAUUACAAUCACAUGUGAAGCUUAUUAUCACAGUAACAUUGUUGGUUGGCCGUCGUCAAAAGAUUAUGAUUUGUUCACAGAAAUGGAUAUCCCCGGUGUACCAAAGCAAUUUAGGGCUACUAGCGUGCGUUACAAUUCAAUUAACCUAUCCUGGGAUUCUCCUGCUAUCAUUGUAAGAGAAGGACCUAUAAUAUAUUAUGACCUGCAUUACAUCGGGAAUAACGUUCAUAGAAAUUCAAGUUUGCCUGUUUACCAACGCCACAUUGAACUAGAUGGUCUAGUUCAUAAUACAACAUAUACUAUAAAACUGCGUGCUGUCAGCUCUGUGGGAAAAGGAUUGUGGGCUACACUACACGUUACUACUAAAGAGCUUGAGCCUGUUCAAGUUUAUGUCAAUAGCCGACAGAUAACAUCCUUUGUCGAAGGUGAAGCCAAUCAGACCAUCGUGUGUCACGGUAGCGGCCAACCUCAACCGACAGUCCGAUGGUUUUACAAUGGUGAAGCAGUUCAGGCGGUCGACAAGGUUUUUCCCAAGUUCACUUCGCAAGUUGUGCAAGUGACGUGGAACAACAUAACAGAGAAACUUCAGAAUGUCAGCAGUCGACUUUAUCUUCGUGUAGGUGGAAUAACGCUGAAUGAUGCUGGAAACUACACUUGCAAAGCGUGGAAUGCAGUCAAUGAAUCGGCCGAAAAGACAGUAGAAGUAUUGUGUAAGUCGCGUGCAAAAACGUUUUGACUUU